AUGGAUCACCACGAGGAUGAAAGUAACAGCAAACAAGUUGAUGAGGUUUUUGUCAUUGAGAAUAUUCGUUGCAAUGAACUUGAACUUCUUUUCGCUGAACGUGCUGCUGCUCUAGCAGAAGGGCUACCAGCUCCAACAUUAUGCAGCAGUGGGGACGUUAGAGAUUUAAACAUAGAAUACUUUAAAUAUGCUCAUCAGCAUGUUCUUUAUAAAUUCACUGCCAGUGACUACCUGCCUGGCAUGUUCUGGCAAGCAUUGGCUGGGGUGUCCACUGAGUAUCUUAUAUAUGGAUUUUCUGAAGGAGGUCUAGAUGACAUAAGAAAGUUGGAUUUAUUGCUCAAGGGCCUAGGCUUCACACAGAAGAAGGCAGAUUCUCAUGUUAGAUGGCCUUUGCUAAACACGGUCUUGGUCUUGUGGAGGCAUGAAGCAGCUCGAGGGAAGGUUGCUGAGGCCUUAUCAAUGGGAAAAUCUAUAGGAUCCUGCAUUGACAUUAUAGAGAAUUCUAUCAAUGUUUCAGAUCUCUUACUGAAGCUUUGA